AUGACCAUCCAGGACCUAGCUGCAUGGUAUGAAAUGGAAGGGUUGAGCCUUGCGCAUCAUAAGACCGAGGCAAUUUUACUCACUGGUAGGAAGGUGUCCAGAGGUAUUAGGAUCCGCUGUGGAGAAGCUGAAAUCAACACCAAAAAAGCAGCGAAAUACCUCGGUGUUAUAUUAGAGAUGAACAGUACGUUCAGGACACACGUUAGCAAUGUAUGUGACAAGGCAAUGAGGUAUGCCAACUCAUUGUCACUUUUGAUGCCCAAUUUAGGUGGUGCGGGUGUUACAGCGAGGAGGCUAUAUUAUAAGGUCGUCGAAUCGGUGAUCUUGUAUGCUGCCCCGUUUUGGAGUUCUGCCCUGGAGAACAAGGGAAACGUGCGCCUUUUAAUCGGGACUCAACGGAGCGCCCUCUUGAGGACAGCACAGGCAUAUAGGACUGUCUCAGCGGAUGCCCGGUGCGUUAUAACCGGGCAAGUUCCGAUCGACUUAAUGAUUGAGAAGAGGCUGCACGUUUUCCAAAAAAAGGGUGAAAUUACAGGGAUAGCAGAGGACACUAUAGGUCGGCUCAAGAAGAGUGCGAGGGACAUCUCCAUCGAGCGAUGGCAGCAAAGGUGGGAAAUGUCCACCAAGGGUAGGUAG